GACCACCACGGAACCCCGAAAGUUUACUCCCAUCAUCUAAAUUCUUCGUAGCCACGUGCACCUCAUGCGCCAUCUUCUUCUACCACCUAGUACCGGCGUAAUACGCACCAUGGUGCACGUUAGCCUGACCGCCACACUCUGAUCAAAAAUCCUAGUUCUGUGGCUCAAACUCUGAAAUUUGAUGUUUCCGAGAUCGUCAUAGCUUCGACGAGUUUUAUUCUCUUUUGGUGAUAAGAUGAUGGGUUCAGAGAACAAUCAGGGUUUCGAGGAGGCACACCUAUAUGCGUCGCGGGAAGAAAUGGAGAAUCUGGUACUCGAAGAGGCGUUGAACAACGGGACAAGUAGCAAAGCGUACUCCAAUCAUUGGAGUGAGAGGUCAGCGCUGGCCGAGACACACCACCCGCUGUCGACGCCGAACGUCACUGCUCCGGCAGACUCCGAUCCACUGCUGUGGUCCCCACCUUAUCGCGAUCUCCAGAACCCCAACGUUCCCGAGAACUCCUCGUACAUCGAGCCUCCUGCUUAUGCCGACGUCAUUUUCAGUUCAUUUGACGAGAAGUCCGCCAGUGAAAUCAAUGGGGUCGAUAGCCCAUCUCAGAGUUCUGACAGUGCCCUCUCCUUUUCCAGAUCCCCGUCCUCCUGUUCCGACUACAUAAAAAUCACAGUAUCAAAUCCGCAGAAAGAGCAAGAGACCACGAAUUCGCUCGUGCCAGGAGGUAAUACUUACGUGACGUAUCUGAUUACUACCAGGACGAACAUUCCGGAGUUCGGCGGAUCUGAAUUUAGUGUGAGGAGGAGGUUCAGAGACGUCGUCACAUUAUCCGAUCGGCUAGCGGAGGCAUAUCGCGGUUUUUUCAUUCCACCAAGGCCGGACAAGAAUGUGGUGGAGAGCCAAGUUAUGCAGAAGCAGGAGUUCGUGGAGCAGAGGAGGGUGGCAUUGGAGAAGUACCUGAGGAGGCUGGCGGCUCAUCCAGUGAUAAGGAAGAGCGACGAGCUAAAGGUAUUUUUGCAGGUCCAGGGAAAGCUGCCUCUGCCAACUACCACUGAUGUUGCUUCGAGGAUGCUCGAUGGUGCUGUAAAGCUGCCUAAGCAGUUGUUCGGGGAGAGCUCUGCAGUUGUAGCAACCCACGAGGUGGUUCAGCCCGCAAUUGGAGGGAGAGACCUGUUGAGGCUUUUUAAGGAGUUGAAGCAGUCGGUUUCCAACGAUUGGGGUGGUUCGAAGCCAUCUGUCGUGGAGGAAGAUAAGGAGUUUAUGGAGAAGAAAGAGAAAAUGCAAGCUCUGGAGCAACAGCUCAGCAAUGCUUCACAGCAGGCUGAAUUGCUAGUGAAAGCGCAGCAAGAUUUGGGGGAAACAAUGGGAGAAUUAGGGCUAGCUUUUAUUAAACUUACUAAAUUUGAGAAUGAAGAAGCGGUAUUCAACUCUCAAAGAGUACGGGCUGCGGAUAUGAAGAAUAUAGCAACUGCUGCAGUCAAAGCUAGCAGAUUCUAUCGGGAACUAAAUGCACAAACUGUCAAGCAUUUGGAUACACUCCAUGAGUAUCUUGGACUGAUGUUAUCUGUCCAUAGUGCAUUCUCAGAGCGCUCAAAUGCCUUAUUGACAGUACAGACUCUUAUCUCAGAAUUGUCUUCAUUGCGGUCAAGGGCUGAGAAACUUGAAGCUGCAUCAUCAAAGAUAUUUGGUGGUGACAAGUCAAGGAUUCGAAAGAUGGACGAGUUGAAAGAAACUUUAAGAGUCACCGAGGAUGCUAAAAUUGUGGCUAUCAGAGAAUACGAGCGGAUCAAGGAAAAUAAUAGGAGUGAACUGGAAAGGCUCGACUCAGAGAGGCGCGAGGAUUUCUCUAACAUGUUGAGAGGCUUUGUGCUUAAUCAGAAUUCAUAUAGACUUUUAGAUGAACAGACUGUAGCUGAUGGAAUCAAAGGAUCUGAAAGAAGUGUAACUUGCUACAUUUUUGUGACCAAUCCAAUUAUUAUAUGCCUGUUCUCGAGGGCUUUGAUGGUUAUUUGGUUGCAAUUGCAACUUCUUUUGAGCAGCAGUGGGUGGGAUAUGCGGAGAAAAUUGCAAAUGUGUGGGCAAAAGUUGCAGAGGAGACUAGUGGGUACUCAAAAGAGAGCAUUUGAUUGUAUCGCUGUAAAUUCUAAUAAUCUGUCUCGAAUUUUCUCACGUCUCAUUGCCCUAGGGAAUUUCAUUACAUUGAUAGCAAAUAAGAAGAAAAGGCAGCACGUGGCAGUCCUUAUGUUUCACUUGGAAGGAGUAUUUUAUCUGUUAGAAUUUGAUGUUGUAAAUUGACUUCUUUCUUUGCGUGUUUUGACAUCUAGAUGUAUUAAAAUCGCUAGUGUACUGAUCUUGAGAUGGCGAAGGGACAUGGUAAAAAAUCCCAAUCCAACUGUUUGACAUUCUAACUUUAGUUGUCUCCUGGUCUGGUCUUAUACUACUUACUGACUAUUUAUCAUUCAUGGAUAAACUCAUUUACAAAGUCAUUACCUGUA